AUGUCCGUUGUGACAAACUCAAGCAGUCCUAUUAAAAUAAAAAGAUCAGUAUGCGUAAAAUAUUUAAAAUUUUUAUAUUAUUUAAAAAAUUGUAAUUUAGAAAAACGAUGGAAUAGAUAUUAUUGCUGUGUUUUUAAAACAGCUUUGGAUGAGAAUAUUACAAUAAAACGGCUAGCUGAAAGAAAAUAUUUAAAUAAAAUAAAGUUAAUACAAAAUAAAGAAAUACGAUAUAAUAAAUUAUUGUCUUAUUUAGUAUCAAAACCAGUAAAGAUAUCAUCAUUUGAUUUUAAUGAUACAUUAGUUAACACCAAACAUGGAAAACAUAGUAAUAAUAUAUUAUUCGAUAAAAAUAUUUUUAAAGCACUUUUUAAUCUAUUAAAUACCCGAAAUUAUCAAAUUAUUAUUUUUUCAAACCAAACAAAUGUAUCAUCCUGUGUUCAUGAUUACGACAAUCUAAAGUUUAAUAAGUUACCAAAUUUUUUUUCAAAAAUACGUGAUUUUAAAAAAUCUCUAACUUAUUUUAAUUCUUUGUUCAUUUCAGAAAACCAAAAAAAAUGUAAACAAAUUAAAAACCCCGAUAUUAUGCAAACUAGCCUCUUCCCUUUUUCAUCAGCAUCGCCAUUACUAUGGAAUAAUAAUACGAGCCAGGAAAAUGAUCGAAAAUUUUAUCCUCCCAAUGAAGCAAGCAUAUUUAUGCACAUAUUGAAAGCGCAGUCAAAAGAUAGUGAUUGUUACACUUAUUUGGUAAGAAAAUAUUUUGAUCGUUUUUUCAGCUCAUCCCAUGUACAUAAUUACAAAGAGAAGAACAAAAAAAUAUAUACAUUCCCAAAGAAUAAUAGACAUGUAUUAACAGAAACAUGUAUUAAGAACUCAAAUUUAAGAAGACAAAAAAAAAAUAGAAUGAGGAAGUAUAAAAGUUGCAAUCGGUCUAGAAUAGUGUUAAACUGUAACAGUUUGAAUUAUUUUUUUUCGUUAGGGAAAUGUGAAAUCAAUGAAAUAGACAUAUACUGUAAGCCAGAAAUAGGGCAAUACUGUUUAUAUAUGUGCAUAGAAGGAAUAAAAUAUUUAAUUAUUUUAAAAUAUUAUUUUAACGAUUUUUAUAAAUUUAUUGAAAAUAAUAUGAAUAUGAUAACAAAUGAAGAUUUAAAAGAUUUUAUAAAACUAAGUAUCGAUAUAUUUAAUUCAGAAGAAAUUUGUAUAUUAACAAAAAAUAUAAAAAAACGUAACUAUUUAAAUAUUAAUAAAUUAGCAUUAAAAAUAUUAGAUACAUAUAUAAAUACAAUUAUACAUAAAAAUGAAAAAUAUAUUUUAUUAAAAGAAAAAUAUAAAGAUGAUAUUCAAUUUAUAGAAUUUUUUUUGUGUGAUCAAAUUUAUAAUCCUUCAACCAAUUUGAAUGAAAAAAAAAUAUUUAAUAAAUUAAAUAAUGACGAUUUUUUAAAACAUUUACUUUUUUGGUUAGUAUAUAAAAAUAAAAUAAUCAAAAAAUUAACUAAUCACUUUUCCAGUUUGCUACUCAAUUUUAGACAUAGCUUUUAUGUGGGAAACAACGUAGGUCGAAGUUUCGAUGUGUCCGAUGUAGACUUAAAGGAUUGGAGCAAUAUUGAAUUAAGUUAG